ACAUUGCCGUCUUUACCUGAUCUACAUGAACGAAUUAGGGCCAUCUCGGCAGAGCAUGGUCUCCAAUUAAAGCCCUCCUCAUCGCGGACGUUCACAAGACUCUUCAACCAAGCACUGGAAGAUAUUCUCGUGAAGAUCAUAACUAGUACUUUAACAACUAUAACGCGCUCUGACUCACAAUACGAGUCCAUCCAGCCUCCAGCUAGGCCGAUGGAUUCAGACCCAUUUUCAUCCAGACAUAAUAACAAUAAGGAUUUCCAAUGGCCAAAGGAAGAGGAGGAGGUGCAACCUAAAGGGCAAAUAAAUCUCAGUGCGAAGCCUAUAGCGGACUACUAUAGAUUAGUGCGAGCAAGUCGCUCUGGAGGACCAGUCCUGUUACAAGAAUUUCCUACAUUCCAGAUGGACAGUAAUCCGUGGGGCAACGCCUGGGCGCAACCAAGUAAAGAAACGGUUCAAGAAGUGGUUGUCAAGCCAAAAGAAGAGUCAUGGCUCACUUCUCCAGCCUCAGGUGAUAUCGGAGUGGCAUGGUCGACGCAGUGGGAAAGUCAAGCUGAUGGCCACACGACAUGGCAUCCACAAGAAUCUAGUGUAGCGUCAUUGGGCACUCCAUGGAAU